AUGGAGCAUGUGAGCGUGAAGCUUUUAGAUAAUGGAUUGGCUAGAACACCCCCCAUGGGAUGGAUGUCGUGGGGUUAUUUCAAGUGCGGCGCCAAUUGCACGAAAAAUCCUCAAAAAUGUCUCGAUGAGAAUCUUAUAUUAUCAGUAGCAGACUCAUUCUACAAAGAAGGCUACCAAGAAGCUGGAUAUGAAUACAUAAUAAUUGAUGACUGUUGGUCGGAGCGCACUAGAGGCAAAGACGGUAGACUGGUUGCUGAUAGACAGAGGUUCCCAAAUGGGAUGAAGUAUAUAUCUGAUUAUAUCCACGCGCGGGGACUCAAGUUCGGGCUGUACACGAACGUGGCGGAUGUCACGUGCAUGUAUUACCCCGGCUCGCGGGGCCAUUUCGAGACGGACGCGAUCACUUUCGCCGAAUGGGGGGUGGACUAUCUCAAGCUCGACGGCUGCUAUGUGAACGAAGACUCGCUCGACAGAGCAUACGUGGAGAUGGGGCGUUACCUGAACAAGACCGGGAGGCCGAUGCUCUACUCCUGCAGUUGGCCGUAUUACAUCGAGUACAUACACAAUAAAGUGAUGGACUACGGCAAGAUCGCGCCGUACUGCAACAUGUGGCGGAACUACCACGACGUGAAGACCUCUUGGUGGGCGGUGCGCACCAUCAUAACGUACUACCAGAGCCACCACUCCCAGUACUCCAAGUACCACGGGCCGGGCCAGUGGUACGACCCCGAUAUGUUGGUCUUCGGUACGGGCGCGUUGACAGAGGGCCAGAGCAGGGUGCAGCUGGUGGUGUACGUGAUGCUGUCGGCCCCGUUGCUCCUCAGCUGCAGGAUGAGCAGGCUGACCCCUUACGAGAGGGCCCUCCUGCAGAACAUGGACCUGAUAUCCGUUGGCCAGGACCCCCUCGGCCUGAUGGCUGAACCGCACAAGUUCACCGACGCGAUAACGCUUUGGGUGAAACGCCAUUUACCCAUGAAGGGUGACAGAUUUCACUCCUUCUCUCUCGCACUAGUCAACCUGGACAACGUCGACGACACCGUCUCCUUCACUCCCGGCGAUUACGGAUUGAAUUCCACGGACGGUUACACCGUGUUGGACGUUCUCAAUGGGAAGUUUUUGAGAAAUAUCACUCUCCGCGAUACCAUCACCCUGACUGUGCCGCAAGAGGAUGUAGUCAUGUAUACAAUGUUCGCCUUA